GAUCUAGUUGGCUGGAAUCAAUUUAGUCUAGUUUUAAUUUCAAAAUUGUAAUGUCCUUUCUAAAUUCUUCCAAAUUAUGAGUUUUGUUGUCAAAUGUGCAGUGUGUAAGCAAAACCUCCCUUACACGCAUUCACAAACUACAGUUCUGGUGGAGCAUCUACUGGAAAGUCAUCCAGAGCAGCAUUUCUCGAUAUCGCGUGUCAUCAAAGAGCAAGUUCGUGAAUCUUCAGAAGAGCACUUGCUACCAAACGUCAUGACCAACGCACCUAAAUCUAAAAAUCGAAAACUCUCGCAAGACUCAACAAGAAGUGAAUUCCGGAUGCAUAGAGCGAAACGAAUGACGGGCAGCGGUAAGCUAGCCGAUGAGAACCUUCCGGAUAAGCAAGAUUUUACUACACGACGGCCCAAAGGAAGGAAAAUGUUUUACAAAACCAGUGUUGCCACAUGGCGUCCGGCGCGAUGCAGGGCUGUUUGUCCCCAUUGCGGCGAACUUCAAUAUCCUACAAUCCGCAUGACAGCGGAUCGCUAUUCCCAGUCCGUCUACGGUGCCACGUGGAUUAUGACCUGUUGGCCGUUUUGCUUUUUACCGUGCUUGUUCACUGCUCCCACGAAGCGCCAUUUACACUGUUCCAAGUGUAAUGCCUACCUGGGACUGUACAAUCCGAACCAGGAGGUUGUGACCACAUGUAAUACUCGCCGGAAAUCAUCACCACCUGGUGGAAGUCAUUAAAUAAGUGCUUGCAUGGAGCGAAGCUCGUUAGUUUUUCACGAACUAGGUUUGGCUUGCUUGAAAGUGUUGUAGAAAAAUUGCAUGGAAUGGAACAAGUUGUGUGCAAUAAUUUGAGUAAGCCAUCUGGCACUCGCUAGAUUCGAAAUUUUUAACCAAAUGUUGACUGAGCUGAACCAAAUACAUAAAGAACUGUGAAGGUGUGGUGAAAUUGUAAUAUCGUUACAAUCAAGUAGAAAAAAAAAGUUAUCAAUUAUGGGAAUGAUAAUGACAAGCAGGGUUACUGAUCACCACAUAGCAUCAUCUCUCACUUGAGACGUUACUCAAUAAUUAAUG